AUGGAGGAGCUACUUCCCCCGUCCACCAAGCCUCCCUCCGGGGGACCCUGGAGUGGUCUCAACAUUGCACAGACGGUUUUUGUUGUAUACAUUGUGUUUAUUCAUACUCAAAUGUUUGCAUUCACUAUUCGUCUUGGGUUGUCACUCUUCAACAUUACCAAGGAGACCCGGCAGGCCAUCAACAGACGUCUAAUUGAGAAUGAUCCGAAGUCUUCCUUUAUGGCCAGUUCAAGGGAUCUUGUUAGUCGGUCUCAAUCUAAAGGUUUUGAUUUAGCCGAGAUCGAGGUCGGCAUUGCAGAGUUGAUCCACGCGAUUAUUCUUCCCAACUACUGCGAAGACCUUCAUACCCUUGAGACGACAUUGAAAGUGUUGGCCAGUCAUCCCAGAGCAAAGUCCCAAUAUGAGAUUUACCUGGCAAUGGAGCAAAAUGAGAAUCUCGCAGUCGAAAAGGCCUCUCGUCUCGUCUCGUCCUUCGAAAAUUCCUUCCUGAACAUUCAAUCGACCUUCCAUCCGGCUGGUAUACAAGGGGAAAUUGCAGGAAAGAGCUCCAAUGUGUCAUUUGCGGCACGGAAGAUCGCCGAGAUCUACCGUGAAUCUCUACAACUGGAGUCAUGCAAGGUGAUGGUAACCGUAAUGGAUGCCGACACUCACUUGUCUCGCGACUACUUCACCGAAAUUCGCCGACUGCACUACUUACACAUGACCGAAGCAGACCGAUCAAUCUACUGCUGUCCCAUAAUCUUUGACCGCAACUCGCACGAAAGCCCAAUCCUAGUCCGAUGUGCAGACCUCCUAUGGGGCUUUGCAGGACUGUCUACAAUGUACCCUUACACAAUCAUCGCCAUCCCAACAUCAGUCUACUCCCUCCCACUCUCGCUAGUCGAAAAGGUUGGUGGUUGGGACAGCGACCCAACGGCAAUCGGCGAAGACCUCCAUAUGCUUCUCAAGUGCUACUUUGAAACAGCCGGUAACCUGAUAUCACGCGUCGUUUACAUUCCAGCAAGCCAAUGCAAUGUUUCCAGUGAUGCAGGUAUUGGCUGGCGCCGCACUGUCGACACCUGUAUUGCCCGCUACCGUCAGGCCCUGCGACACAUGUGGGGUUCUCUUGACUCUGGCUUCGCUGCACGAAGGACGUUUGGAUAUCUAAGCUUCACCCAGCGCUGCUUACUCCUACGGCCCCGGCAUUUCGCGCUGCUCCAUCUCCUCUGGGAAGCGCAUUUCAUGCCCUGUCAUCUGACUCUACUCAUGUUCUUCUCUGUCUUCUACACCCUGUGGACCCCCGUCGCAUCGUUGCAUCCUACCCUGGCGUGGGCGUUUUCCUUUACUAAUACUCUUCGCACAUCGGGAUUCCUCGGGAUGAAUGUGUGUCUGUCCUUGUAUGAGCGAUGGCAUGCCGUCUGCUUGGAUAGUCGGAUGAAGGAUAUGCGUGAGGCGAAUCUGCCUGAUACCGGCUUCUCUCGACGUGUGUGGUAUCACCCUCAAUGCCUCUGUGAGAGAGUCUGUUUCCCACUUUCGGGUACCAUGUUCGGUGCUGUGCCUACCAUCCAUGCAGUGUUCUCGCAUUUCUGGACGGAUCGGUUGGUGUAUCGGGUGAGCAAGAAGCCGACUUUCAGUGUGGAAUUGGGAGCAUUUUGA